AUGGCAUCCGCAGUGUCUAGCAUCCCGUCGGCCCAGGCCGCUGCCGUCACCAAUGCCGUGUCCGCCGCUUCACGCAAGUCGGCAUCAACGAAUGCUGUCUCGUUCACAUCCACCUUCCUUCACUCGUCAAAGCCGAUCACUGCCGUCCGUUCUUGCAAACCAUGCGUUUCUCGCAAGCGAAUCUCCGUACGUGCCACGGUGGCUUCGACCGACGCUGUUUCCUUCUCAGCCAAGGAGAUGGAGCGAGUUGCCGCGAAAGAGGCUCUCCUUCUCGCGGUGAAGGACGCGGGUGGCGCGGAGGCCCUGAGCACAGGGAAGGGUAAUGCGGCCGGGAAGAUUGAGGUUAGCGAGAAGCUGCUGCAGCUGGAACGACUCAACCCCACUCCACGACCCACUACGUCGCCCCUGUUGGAAGGCACGUGGGACAUCGUGUGGGCAGCCACUCGCAACCCAGGUGUCAUCGCCACCCGAGUGCUUCUCAAGCGGUUUCCCACGCAGGUGGCAUCACUGGAGUCACUGCAAGUGCAGAUCUUGGAGGGUUCCACCAAAGUGACGGCUGGCCUUAAGUUCCUCACCGCGGCUGAGACUUCAAUCACUGUGUCAACUCGUCUUGCCGUUGAAGGCCCUGUCAGAAUCAAGGAGGAGUAUGCCGAAGCUGUGGUGGCUACCCCUGUGGUGCCGGACGGCAGCAUCCCUUCAGCCCUUAAAGGUGUCUUCGACCAGCUAGCUUCUGCUAGUCAAUCACUCCCUGCUGCUCUGAAGGACUCCCUCUCCUCAGGCCUCAAGCUCCCUCUCAGUGGCAGAUAUCAGAGGGAGCUUAUUAUCUCGUACCUUGAUGAUGAGAUACUGGUAAGAUCUUAG